GACUUCUUCGUGGCCAGCGCGCGCCCCGGGGCAGCCCCGCCCCCUCCCUUUGCAUUUCCCAGCGCGGACAAACGCGGCGGCGGCGAGGCUCGCCUCGCGAUUGGCCGGCGGUGCCCCCACCACCAGCGCCCACCCCCACGAACGGCGCUCACGUGGGGCCGCUUUGGGCCAAUGGUGGCGGCGCGCGAGGUGCCCAUUAGCGUUGGGGAAAUUGAAGCCCGCCGGCUCCCUCUACGGAGGAGGCCAUGGACAGAGUUCCCCUGCCGAUCACAGACUUCCCCCUCCACCACAGUCGCAUGGUUCUGCAGAAGCUGAACGAGCAGCGAAUAUCUGGGCUCUUCUGCGACGUGACUGUGACGGUGUCGGCGCGCACCUUCCUGGCGCACAGCAAUGUCCUUUCGGCCUGCAGCGAGUACUUCAGCUCGGUGCUGACGGGACGUAGUCCUCGGCAGUCUGUGGCGCUGAAGUCUAUCGCGCCUGACUGCUUCAGCCAGCUGCUGGAGUUCUUCUACACGGCCAAGCUGCCGGCGGAUCACAUUGCGGAGUUCUCGGCGGCCGCCAAGCAGCUCAAAGUGGUCGGGAUUCUUGAUCUGGGCUCGGACUCCUCGGGCUAUGACUGGGACAGCGAGGUCUCCGCCAAUGGCACUUCGGAGCCCGGCGCCAACGGCGUCAAGGGCGACGGCUGGAACACCUGGAGCCAUGUGGCCGUGGGCGCAGAAGCGGGCAGCCAUAUGCCUUUGAGCCCAGCCGGUCGUGCCGCGCACUUGAAUCCGAGCUCUGUGGUGUCGGACGAUGACUAUGAGCCAAUGGACGUGAGCAGUGGUUCCCCGGUCUCUGGCGAGCGAGGGCUUUUAGACGGCGUGCCUUGCGGCAGCAUUGAAUCUCUGUGCCUUACUAGAGAGAACGGCAAAGAGAAAGUGGGUCUUAUAGGAUGUCCUGCCAGGGGUAGGAGCGGAAGUCCCGUGGCACUUGGUUGUGGAGUUGAGCAGACGGGAGUAGAUGUAAAUCUACCGGAAAGCCCCGGUUCCCUGGCCUUGGCCACGACGCUUGUGCCCCUCACAGUAACGAAAGCCUGCAGGUCUUUGCGGAGCACGUCCGUCGUUUCCUCGCCUCCAUUGGUCAAGCGAAGAGGGAGACCCAGGAAACAGCUCCAGAGAACAGAGUGCCCCGUCAUACCAAGAGCACGGAAAGCACCGGAGCGUUUCAAAUCGUUGCCGCAGGUUGCCGUCCCACAUUCCCCGGCCCGUCAGGAAGAUUGCACGGGCAUUGUAACGGGUGGGGUCCCCGCGGAUGAGUCUCCGGACCCCCUUUGUGAAGCCUCGCAAGUAGCCUGUACUCCGAGGAAGCGCGGGAGGCCUAAGGGCUCGAAGAACAAGCUGCAUGCCAAGAUUGAGGCAGAGGACUGCUCACCGGGCCUUAUGGACUCCCAGAAUGAAGAGAAGCCCUCCCUGUUGUACACGAGUGGAGAAUUUGGCGGCAAGUGGAAGAGGGAGAGGUGUGAGGGUUGCAAGAAACUCUCCCCGCACUGCCAUCAAGUACAGCCUGGUGCUGCCCCUUUCAGCUGCGAUAUGUGUGAUAAAGAAUUCAUUUACAGUUGCAUGCUGCGGCAGCAUUGCAAGGUGCACAGGCAGCGCAAGCUGUACCAGUGUGAGCAGUGCGGCAAGUGGCUGCUGUCCCUGGAGAAGCUACGGGACCACGUGGCGUAUCAUGGGGAGGCCAGGCCGCACCACUGCUCCCUCUGCGAGAAGGCCUACAAGGUCAAGAAUGACCUGACGCAGCACGUGCGCAUGAAGCACAUGGAGGCAGCGCGGGGCAAGCCACCCCUCGUCCAGCUGUGCGAGUUCUGCGGCCAGGCGGUCAAGCACUACAAGAGCCACAAGAUCUUCUGCAGCGGUGUGAAGAAGUUUCAAUGCAAGUUUUGCCUGCAGGCGUACUCACGCUUGUCAGAGCUAAAGAGACACACGUGGACCCACACGGGGGAACUGCCCUACCAGUGUCAGAUAUGUGGCAAGCGCUGCCGACACCCCAGCAACCUGAAGAAGCACAUUCGCACAGUGCACAAGGAGGAAGUGAGAGUUCAGAUCGAUCGGGAGCACGCCGCACCCAAGCUCCUCAAGGACUUCACUCCACCAGACGUCGAGGUGCACGGCGUCGUGGCCAGCCCCACCGACGCUUGGUCCGAGGUCGUGGAUUUCGGCUCUGAGAAACUGGCUAGCGCCUAUGGCCAGCACGUGUUCAUGGGUGCGCAGCAGCUCCUUCCCGACAUGCCGGGAGAGCCCCUGAUGCAGAACAUGUAUUAUCAGCCGGACUCUGGCACGCAGCACUCCAUCAGCCCCGUCGAGGGUUCGGGCGGGAUUUCCGUCAUCCCCCUCACCGUCGUCAAUUCCUGCGAGCCCAAGGUCAAUCAUGCCGGAACGAUCCCGAUGCCCCCUCCCGAGCGGCAGGGCCUGUCCUCGUCGCCCGCGUCGCUGGAGAGCUCGGCUGACCUGACGCCGCUAUCUGCCCUCGCUGUACUACCCGUGGGCAGCUUCCCACCCUCCGCCUCGGCGGCCGUCCUCUCUCCCCAGUUCCCCGUGGGCGUCUCUGAUUUCCCCGUGAUCAUUUCGGGCAAGGCGGCAACGCCGCAAGUCCCAAGCCAGCUGCCCUCCUUCAACUCGCUUUUGACGGCCGCCCCCCUGGACAUGAUGAGCAGCCACCUGCUCGUGGCGCACCAGUCUGAUGUCCACAACGAGCAGCUCUAAAGAGCACGAUUGUGGUCGGCGACUGUAUUUAUUCAAGGCAGCUAAAUUUUAACUAAUAACUGCAAGUUUACAAGCAGCUGCAGUUGUUUUCUGGCCGUCGGCACUGGAGAUUGUAGCACAAGAGGAUGGAAUAAAUCAAUUGUGGUGAGCACGGUAGUCAAGUUGGCCGUGGGUCUCGCUCGCUGUGGUGCAUUUGCACCGCCUCUACACUCGGUAGCGAUGCCAUUGAUUGCGGUCUAUCGUUUGUGAUUGUGGAAAGCAGUCUGGAGCAAUGUUUAGCAUCUGGUGGGAAAGUCAGUAUUCCAUACGCAAAUGAGCAUUUGACAUUGCUCAUCAUUGUUGGUGGCAUUGAAACUGGUGGAAGUGACACAUUCCUGAGUCGGGGAUCAGUAUCUCCAGAGGACAACCAUUUUUAUUCUCGUCAAAAAUGGUUAUUUCAUGGAUGUUUUGCUGAGUUUACCAACUGAGCUAUGUCUAGAGGCACAUACAUAGUAAUGGCUUAACAUUAUGGUGGCAUGCACUGUGAAUCCCUUAUCUCUGGCAAGUGGACCAGGGAUAUAAUGUAGGAACAUACACAUUCUUAUUUUUACGGUGCUGUACAAUGCAGGUAAGCUGCUGGUAGACUUUGGAUUGAAAGGAUUUGCUGCUUUCCUAUUUACUUACAUUUUUAGACGUGAUCUCACUUGGUAUUAAGACUGAUGAGAUGGGGGAGGUGGCGAUUAUCCUUUUGACACUGCACUAAACGAGUUUAACUCAGCGGCGCUGUGUCCUGUUGAAGAGCCAACCGGUUGUUUUGCAGGCAACACACUAAAGACUUAAAAGUCACUGUUCAUGAAUAAAAGGCUGUUAGUUUAUGCUUUUUAUUUUGAAAACAAACUUAAUUUAACUUAUUAAAUGUGUGCUUAUGGGUCUCUAUUCAAUUGAUACAUACUGGGUCACAAUGGCAGUUGAGGUACAGUAAAACGUCAGCCAGCCCAGACUAUCUGUAUGUGAAUCACCGGUCCGGCAAAGCUUCACACAUAAUGAAAUAAAUAUGAAACUUGAUCAAUACUGUAAACUUUAGAUAUGAACAUACAAGUACAAAUCUUGACUUAAGGCUUUCGUGACUGCAGGAAUUCAUAUUCUUUGGGCCUUUCGGUAAAGUCACGUUAAAAGGUUCAAAGAAACCUAUCUAUAUGACUUUACCGAAAGACCCAAAGAAUACACACAAGUACAUUUAAAACAAAUGUUUUAAUUACAUUUUCCUAAACAAUGGAAUAUGCGUAUAAUACGAAUUAAAUCGGCCAUGCUGUACUCUAUGAACCUGUGCCGCAUUGCUCUCCCAGAGGUGUAUUGAUGUCUUCCGAGGAGUAAAAAUGGGGGAAACUAAACUCAAAAGACGGAGUAAAGAGAGAGAACAUCGGAGAAGCAGAAAGCAAGAGGAUGACAGGGCGACAGCCCUAGGAGUCCAUGAUCACAGACCAGAUUCCACCCGGGGUGGCAUUACUUAACUGAUUCCACUUUCUUUAUGUGGCCAACUACAAUGCAUUAUGUGAUAACCACUUUAAAUUGGCGAGUUAUCAAAUAAUUCACUUUUAUUUCCCCAUAUAAAUAGGAACUGAAAUAUUGCUACCUUAGAUGGCUUCAAUUUCUGCUCUGAACCAUGUAUUGAAUAGGAAGCUACAUUCGCCACCUACUGUGCAUGUCAGUGCACUGCAAGCCGUGUGCUCUAGUUUGUGCCAGACGCUGUGGGAUAUUGUAUUGGUCUGGAAUAUGUGAAACCAGCAAGGCAGUACUGUCAUUUUGUAUAACGCCGGGCCAAGUGGCUGAUAAAGAACUAAUGCUGACUUUUGGCUCCUUAGAAAUAACAAUUGGCUAUGAAGAUGAAAAAUCUAAAAAUUUAUGUUGAUUCAGUUGGAAUUAAGGAAAAUCAUUCGUGAACAUAUAUGUGAAUUCUACAAAAGAGCAGUUCCAGCCAGCAUGUCUUGUAACCGUUAGAUAGCAGUGACAUGUUAUUUUUUUUAUUCCUUUUCAGGUGCAGCCAAAAGAGUUUAUGGAAAACCGGACCUUUUUGCAAUGCAAAAUAUAAUUUAUCUGCAUCGACAUUGUGAUGAUUAAUCGCAUGAUUACUCAUCUGAGCUGGGCAUUAUAGGUGAAGUAAAAUAAGACAUUGAUGCGAUGCAGAAGAAGUAGAAAAUGCAGCAUGUUGAACAUUGUAUUGGCCAGUAGGGAUGCUAAUCAAGUGCCGAUUGCAUUGCCAGUAUCCUUUCCAGGUUGAGGCCAGGAUAUACGGAAAGAUUAAGUGUACUUCAUGUAAGCGGGGCUACAUGGAGUUGAAAAGGGGGGUGUAAUGACCUACCUUUUGUUCCCAGUGGAUACACCGUGCUCACUUUACAACCUACAUGUAAGUCCCCCACAACCAUAGGGCAAGGGGAGUGAAAACACCUUUUGAACUUUUUUUGCACCAGGCCUUACGGAAAUACGAACGUAAGUCCGUGAGGCUAAAUUAAGGGUAUGGGUUAUAUAGGUUCGACCUCAGGGAGUUGGAAAAGGAUGGACUCGGAGAAGUUUUUGUUUGGAUAGUACUGUUGUAGCAGCAAUGGAAAUGUAACAGUGCAAUGCCUAUGGUACACGAUGCACGUCUCACACAGACACGUACACCCCAUUUCAGAUUCGGGCUGGUCCACCAGAGCUACGAGUGACUUCCCUAUAGUCUCAAGUGACAAGAAGCACAAUAUUGUAUUGUAACUACCUAAACUGCCAUUACCUGGGAAUUUAUCUGGAAUAUUCACAAACGUUACCAGUUUGCAGCCAAAUUCUGCUGUAUAUUAGACAGGGUGUUAGAGUACAGAUCACAUUUACACUGUUCAAGCUUGGUAUUCCCUCUAUACAUAUGCUUGUUACACUGUGAGCGAUAGCUUACUAAUUGCCAUCAGUAUGAAUUAAUGUGUUGGCAUUAAGACUCCAGGUUAUGUUAACUUGGCUUCGUGUUAACCAUACGUUUCAUCACUUUGUUUUUGCUUUCACAAUGUGAAGGUUAUUUUUACUGUCUUUUUACCUGCACAAAUUCAGCAUCACCUCCUUUUGCACUAGGGUGCUGCUGAAGUGAGUUCUUUUGCAGUAUUGAAAAUAAACUGACGCCUUUGUA